CACGUUUCUUGAAGUUUUGCCUGCUGAGUUUGACGGUGAAAAUUCAGAGAAAGACUCUCUCUCUCUCUCUCUCUCUCUCCCUCCUUAUGGUGGCGGCGGGGAAGCGCUUUCUGUGAGUGACAAUGCUCUCCUCCCCCUCGUUCUGCCCCACCUUGCCGGCGGCCCAGCAGCCGCACCUUUCCGAACUCCUCCGUCACCAGCUUCAGCCUCCGUUUUUCCUCCGCUCCCUCCCGACAAAGUCGUCGGCGGCGCCACUCUCUCUCUCCUUCUCACGCCGCUGCCGCCGCGCUUUCCGCAUCCAAUGCAUCGACGCUGCGCAGCCCUACGACUCUGAGUUCAAGCUCUCCUUAGCUCACUCCUCCCAUGGCACGAGCCCGGAUCCACUUAAGAUCGCCAUAAUCGGAUUCGGCAACUUCGGCCAGUUCCUCGCCAAAACCCUGACCCGGCAGGGCCACGAGGUGCUCGCCCACUCCCGCUCCGAUCACUCCCACGCGGCGCUCCAACUGGGCGUCAGGUUCUUCUCCGAUCCCAGCGAUCUCUUCGAGGAGCACCCGGAGGUCAUCCUCCUCUGCACGUCGAUCAUCUCCACCGGGCAGUUCCUCAAGACUCUGCCUUUGCAGAGACUGAAACGAAGCACAUUGUUCGUCGACGUGCUGUCGGUUAAGGAAUUCUCCAAGAAUUUGAUGCUUAAAGUUUUGCCUGCUGAUUUUGACAUCAUCUGCUCGCACCCAAUGUUCGGUCCUGAAAGUGCCAAACAUGGCUGGAAAGGUCUCUUCUUUGUGUACGAGAAGGUUAGGAUUGGCAAUGAGGAUUCUCGGGUUCUCCGGUGCGAGAAGUUCUUGGAUAUUUUUGCUCGGGAAGAGUGUGCUAUGAUUGAAAUGAGCUGCGCAGAGCACGACGAGUAUGCUGCAGGCUUUCAGUUUAUGACGCACACUGUCGGCAGGGUCUUGAAGAUGCUGAAUUUGGAGUCCACGCCGAUCAAUACGAAAGGGUAUGAGAAGUUACUAGAUUUGGUGGAGAACACUGCCUGUGAUAGUUUCGAUCUGUAUUACGGGUUGUUCAUGUACAAUAAGAAUGCUCUGGCUAUGCUUAAGAAGCUGAAUGCAGCCUUUGAGGCUUUGAAAAAUGAGAUUUUCGAGAGCUUGGACGAUGUUGCGAGGAAACGGCAGUAUGAAAGUGAUGAGAAGGUUGACGGCUUGCUGGACAUUAGCUGGAUGUUUAAAGAAAAUAAUAAUGGUUCGGCCUGGAAGGAAACGGCUCCAAAUUCUGUAAGGUCACAAGAUACUGCUCCUUGGCCAAUCAAUGGCAGAGCCCGCAACUCCGAGCAAUCCAGCAAUUCUUCAAAGCUCAAGAUUGCGAUUAUUGGGUUCGGCAACUUUGGGCAGUUUCUUGCGAGAACUUUUGUGCGCCAAGGCCAUCAGGUCCUUGCUCAUUCUCGUACAGACUACUCUAAUGUUGCCGAAAGCACGGGAGUUUCAUUCUUCUCUGAUGUAGAUGAUCUCUGUGAAGAACACCCAGAAGUUAUCCUUCUCUGCAUUUCGAUCCUUUCCAUGGAAAAAGUGUUGAAGUCACUGCCAUUUCAGAGGCUAAAGAGGAGUACCCUAUUCGUUGAUGUUCUGUCAGUGAAGGAGUUCCCAAGGAGCUUGUUCCUCCAAUACUUGCCUCCAGAUUUUGAUAUCCUCUGCACGCACCCGAUGUUUGGGCCUGAGAGCGGGAAAAAUGGGUGGGAAGGUCUCACGUUUGUUUAUGACAAGGUCAGGAUCGGAUACGAGGAAUCAAGAAAAUCCCGAUGUGAGAAAUUUCUCGACGUGUUUGCUCGAGAAGGAUGUAAGAUGGAAGAGAUGUCCUGCGCAGAUCAUGACAGACAUGCUGCUGGUUCCCAGUUCAUAACGCACACGGUGGGUCGAAUCCUGGAGAAGCUGAAGUUGGAGCCGACCCCAAUCAACACAAGAGGGUACGAGACUCUGCUGAACUUGGUGGAGAACACGGCUGGAGACAGCUUUGAUCUCUACUACGGUCUCUUCUUGUACAAUGUGAACGCGAUGGAUCAACUAGAGAGACUGGACUUGGCGUUUGAGUCGCUCAAGAAGCGGCUCUUGCAGCGGUUACAUGGCGUGAUUCGGAAACAGUAUUUCGAAGAUGGCGUGAGUUCUGAUAAUGUUCAAAUAGAGCUUCAUUCUUGAUUCUAAGUUAUGUUAAGGGUCUAUAGUGGAUGCUAGCCAUUCAGGAGGAAGAGUGUAGUGAUGAAAGCAGGCUUCCUUGUGGUAUCGGCACUAACGCGAGUCGAAUUCAUCAAGUCUUGAUCCUGUUUUGUUCCUUAGGAUCAUGCUUCUGAAUUUUUUUGUUGUAGUAUUGUCUGCUUUGUAAUGUUAAGUUCUGAAUAACCUAUUGUACCUCGGUUCGCCGCGCAAUUCAUUUUACCUAUUCUGCACAGAAUUUAUUUCUUAUUCUCUUG